AUGCUAAAGUGUACUGAAGCAUUAGACACAAACAACGAGAUUAGUGAAUACGAUGCGAUGGGUAUUAGUUUUGCAGCAAAAAUGAAAAAAAUGAAAACGGAUCAACAAAUCUAUGCUGGAUUAUUAUGCCAAAAAGUGUGUGCUAAAGCUCUAUUACAGCAGUUAAUUGCUGAUUUUGAUGUUGUUGAUAUGAAAAAUGUAAAUAACUCCCAUCAACUUUAUUCAUCCAGCUAUGACAAUACUGACACUACCACACUUCAACAUUUAACAACUGCAGACAAAUCUCCUCAUUGUUACACAAACUAUGGACAGUUAAAUAAUCUGCAAUCGGAUUCUUCUUCAUCAACUGAAUCCUCGGUUACUGAUUAUUUCACAAAUUUUCUUGGAGAAAGAAAAUGUUCAUAA